GUCACAUAUGGUAUAACUUCCGAAAUACUUAUCGUCGAAAGGUGUCAAAAGUUGAUUUACCCGCUGCGAGCGUCGGUACAGCAGAUUGCAUUUCGUCUCCAGAUUGGGGAUAGAGGAAUUGUGGUCUUUCUGUAACGGUAACCAAGUUAUGAGGUUAUCCCUUGAUCUCAUGGUCACGUUACCCUAUUUAUACAAUUUGCGGCAUGUAUUUAUAGAAGCUAAGAUUUUGGAUUGAACAACGAUGACAGCGAACAAGGCUAGAGAGGCUGCUCAACAGAUGACUGCAGGAGCACUUACCGGUAUUGUUGAAGUUAGCCUUAUGCAGCCAUUGGAUUUGAUCAAAACAAGAUUUCAAAUUCAAGGUAGUACAAAUGACCCAACAGCGUACAAAUCACUGGCAGACUGCUUCCGAACUAUUUACAGAUUAGAAGGUAUCACCUCCUUCUACAAGGGCAUCUUGCCAGCAAUUUUGGCCGAAACGUCCAAGAGGGCCGUCAGAUUUUUCACCUUUGAACAGUACAAGAAUAUUUUCCUUUUCGGAGCCGCUGAACCAAAUGUCCUGACGUUUAUUACGGCAGGUCUUGGAUCAGGUCUAACAGAAGCGUUUAUUAUCAACCCACUCGAAGUUGUCAAGGUCAAGUUACAAGCUGAAAGGGCAACUAUUUUAGCAGAACAACAAUCGGCCUUUACCGUCGCUCGUAUCAUUGCCAGAGAACACAGUCUUGGACUUAAAGGCUUGAAUAAAGGUUUGACUGCAACGUUGGGAAGACACGGCGCAUUCAACUGUGUGUAUUUCAGUUUCUAUCACAGUGUGAAAGGAUGGAUCCCCGCUGCGGAGAAUUCUAAACUAGAGUUUUGUCGGAGGUUUGCGAUAGGACUCGUCUCAGGAACGUUAGCCACUAUGAUUAACAUACCGUUUGAUGUAGCGAAAAGCAGAAUACAGGGACCACAGCCUGUGCCUGGUGAAGUCAAAUACCGAGCAUGUUUUAAAACCAUGGCAACCAUCUACAGGGAAGAAGGAUUUUUUGCGCUGUACAAAGGAUUUAUACCGAAAGUGAUGCGCCUAGGACCGGGUGGUGCCAUCGCGAUGCUGGUGUUUGAGUAUUCAUAUGAAUGGCUGAAAAAAAAUACAUGA